AUGCCAGGCGAAGAAGAAAGCAAGGAGGACGACAAGAGCGACGACAAGGAGGAUGACGACAAGGGCGACGACGAUAAGGAUGACGACGACAAGAAGGACGACGACGAUGACGAUGACGACGAUGGAGGCGGAGAUAAGGACGGCAUCGGAAAGAAGAAACCACCGGACUCUAUGAUGGUGCAGAAGAAGUCCGUUAGCCGAUCAGGGGCGGCCGCCAUCGCAGCCCAGCAGAUCGCGGAAGGCGCGGACAAGAUGCAGAUGGCGCUGACCGUCGUGGGUCUCGCGGUCUUCGUCCUCGUCAUCGUCGGCAUCGGCGGCUUCGUCGUCUGGAAGGUCUUCGUUUCGUCCAGUGACAAUGUCGAACAGCCCGACGAAACGACAAGAAAAGAAAAUGACACCGAAUCGCAGUUGAUUGAACUGCCGGACGGAAACGUGUGGGAUGACAGCUCCGGAAGGCCGCCAGUCUCCAUCGUGUUCGCGGAGGACACAGAACACGUCGAGGAAACGAUGAAGGACGACGACGCAUCGGCGAUGGCGAGCGACGUCGAAGUGAUGGCGAGCAAUGGUUAA